CAUUUCUAAACUGUAUUCCCCACUGUGUCCUCCAACUGUUGUAUGUUCUGCCAAUCGCUUGAGGACAGAGUGGGAAAAGGAGCAAGCAGAGUUAGAGGCAGGACAAAAGAAGUUAUAUAGACGGGUAUAUACAUAUAUUUUAAUGUUUUAGAAGGCGUGUAGUGGGGGGAAAACAAUAGGAGUGAGUGUGGUCAUGACAGUGUAGUUAUGGAGCCCCCUUUGAGCAAGAGGAAUUCGGCGAUAAGAUUAGCGGAUUUGGCAGCGACUCAGCCCCUUCCUCAUCAGAAUAUGACAGGCUUCCCGGGGAUAGGGGGGCAUCACCCUCACUCACACCAUGCCCACCUCCACCCUGGGGAGAUGGGCAACGACCCCGGAGUGGCUCUCACUCCAUUUGGACCCGAGCACAUGGCACAGACAAAUGCUCUCAAACUUAGCCCAUCUCAGCCCAUUCAAAGCCACCCCGAAGCCCAGACCGCGGCGUCCUUCACUUCUUCUCAGACCACAGUUGGUUUCCCCGUGGCUCACCCCCACUCGGGCUACGCAAGCAGCAGGGACUUCAUCCUCAGGAGAGAGCUCUCUGCCUCUGCUAUGCAUGCACUUGGCGACCAGCAUAGUUCCGCCUCCUCCCCUCAUCACCAUGGCAUGUUCAUUUCCCCAACAGGUGCUUAUGGGCACGCGGAAGGUGGUGCCCAUCCACUUUUCACUGGACUUCACGAGCAGGCGGCCCCAGGUGCCCACCACCAUGCGCUCAACGGCCAGAUGCGCCUGGGUCUGCCGGGGGACAUCUACGGCAGGCCAGAGCACUUCGGCCACAGGCCCGAGCACUAUGGACCGCCGUCGUCAUUGCACACCUACAACUCCAUGAACUUGAAUGUGAACAUCGCUUCAGCUCCUCACGGAGCCACGGGGGCGUUCUUGAGGUACAUGCGGCAGCCCAUCAAGCAGGAACUCAUCUGCAAGUGGAUCGACCAGGAGCAGACGGCGAAGAAACCCUGCUCGAAAACUUUCAGCACCAUGCACGAGCUGGUUAACCACGUCACCGUGGAGCACGUCGGGGGACCUGAGCAGAGCAACCACGUCUGCUUUUGGGAGGAAUGUCCGCGCGAAGGGAAAGCCUUCAAGGCGAAGUACAAGCUGAUCAAUCACAUAAGAGUUCACACGGGAGAGAAGCCGUUCCCCUGCCCAUUUCCCGGCUGCGGGAAAGUCUUCGCGCGCUCGGAGAAUCUCAAGAUCCACAAGAGGACCCACACAGGUGAGAAGCCUUUUAAGUGCGAGUUUGAUGGCUGUGACAGGAAAUUCGCAAACAGCAGUGACAGGAAGAAGCACUCUCACGUGCACACGAGUGACAAGCCUUACUACUGCAAAGUGAGGGGCUGCGAUAAGUCCUACACGCACCCCAGCUCCUUACGCAAGCACAUGAAAGUCCACUGCAAGUCCCCUCCGCCCCCUUCGGCCAACUCAGGAGCCGGGUACCAUCCGUCGUCUGGCGGCCUCGGUGACACCCUCUCUUCGCCUAGCGCAGGGGAGGCGCACAGGAGCCGCUCCACGAACCUUUCUCCUCAGGUCACCAACCUUAACGAGUGGUACGUGUGCCAAGGCAGCGCCGUCCCCAACCACCUACACACCCCCUCCAGUGACGUGCCAACGUCGGAAUCCGACGACGAAGACUCUUUCAGACACUCAGAUCCGAGGACAAUGCUCUGAUGUGAGCACACGCGUACACCAGGAAUAUAUAUAUAUAUAUAUUUAUGUUACAGUCCCACCCCACUGUUUCUGUUGUUGCUGUUUUGUUGUUGUUGUUUUUAUAUGCAUAAUAAUGAAUAAAUGUGCUUGAUGCACAGUAAGCUACUCUACGUAAGCGUUUUAGUAUGGAGGAAGGUCGCGCAACAGCGCCGCGGAUGUCAGAUGGUGAAGAGCAUCUGCUCUCAACACCUUCUCGUUUGCCCUUAAAGAUGUGCAUUCUGUGCUUUCAUUUUAGAUGUGACCCAUUCCGUUUUUACGCGCAUUCAUAAACUGACCACAAACACUGCAAAGCAGUGGACUGAACUGAUAUUCUGAACUGAUAUGGCAUUUUUUAUUUCAUUUUUUAAGCGACCGAGAGUUAAUAUCAUGAGGCCUAUUUGAAAAUUGUUACUUCAUCAAGACCACAUGGGACUAUUUUGCUCCAUCCCUUCACAUUCCAUUCCAAAUAGGGGGACGACCAGCUUUUUGUCCUAAGUCCAAAAUGUGCUCUUAAAUAAUCCAUUACUACUCGAUCUGUAAAGGUGCCCCGACAGUAAUGUCGUGUUAAAACAGUAACAGUUCAUUAAUAUGUGUUGCGUGCCAACGAGCGAAUGGAUUUAUAUAGCUUACAUUCCCCCGAGAGCUCCUUGUCAAAGUGAUGUACUGACGUUGAGUGUCUGAAGAACGGUUCUUUAUUUCUUUAUCGAGUGUUAUGUAACAAUUUGAUUUUUUUUCAAAUGAGAAUCAUUUUCAAGUAGGCCGUCCAGUCGCAACUGUCAACAUGGUUCAUUUUAAAUAAUAAUGGUAAUAAAAUGAUGGAUUAUUUGAUUAUUUGUUCAAGUUUAUACAACUGUGGUCUGGGAGAUUUUUUUUGUUUUGUUUUUGUGAUAUUUAAUAACUAUUUAAAAGUCUAUUUUAUGCAAAAGCCAAUGUAACUCUGAUUUAAGAGUAGACUAUGUCAUUUGAGACCUUAAAUCAUGUAAAA